CUUCAUCUCAACAUUCCUUGGACGCGAUACUCGGCCUCAGUAUCGACACACGCACAAGCGCACGUACACGCAUCACAAUCAUUAGUGUCAGGACUCGAGAUAUAACCGCAAUACCACAUCUCGGGAAUGGCCCCAUCAACACCAAGGGCAUUUCACAGAGUCGCGUACUGGGCCGUGACCCUUUGCGCUAUUGUGCUAGCUCUCCUUGUCAGCACUACUGUCGCACUCGAUGAGGCUCAAGCGGGUAUUAUUGACUGGCACCACAAAUGGAUCGGCACGCCCCAUAUGUCUGCUACACCACGCACUGUCCGCGGAUCGAAUGCAAUCUUUGUUGCAACUGAUAAAAAUACCAUCGCUUCAAUUAAAGCAAAGUCCGGCGAACUCGUAUGGCGCCAGAUUCUUCGCGAGGAUGAACCUAUUCACGCCCUGCGCUCCAUCUCUGGACAUCUUCUGACUCUUUCCGGCUCACACGAGUUUCACAGCCGACUUCUAGAUGCAAAGACUGGACAGGUUCUUUGGGACUUUUCGCCUCGCGGUGAAGGCGCCAUCCCCGGGCUAGAAUUUGGCCAGGCUGCUACUGUCACCUCGGAGGAUUCGAAUUUAAUCAUUUUGAACAGCGGUGCCCAUGUCCGCAAAGUUUUCAGCAAGGCAGGGACCGAGGCCUGGCAUUGGAAAGCGAACGAGGGCUCUGCGACGACCUACUUUUCGGUUCUGGAGGCCAAGGGCUUCGGCGACCACACCGACGUUGUCUACGUACUUGGACUGCAACGUGAAGUUACCGCCUUUUCUCUCGAGGUUGUUGCUUUGGACUCAACCACUGGAAGCGUCAUCAAGACAUUCAAUAUCAAAUCCAAGAUCGAGGUCUUCGAAGACACGCUGAUUUUAGGAGGCGGGUCGACAGGAAAGAGUGGAUAUGUUGCCUGGUUGGAGCAGGAUCAUCUGAAGGUUCUGACUCUCGGAACGAACAGGGUCACGCAGACGGCAUUGAAGAGUAUUAUCGCCGAAACCCCAAGCUUCGAGGAGUUGGUCGCCGCGCUGGAGUUCGUAGACCUGAGGCUGCCCGAGGGUCAUACCGAGUUCCUGCUGAGCGGAACGGUUGGCGAAUACAACGACGCGAAGAGCUCAGUUCUUUUUGUAAUUGACGAAAAGACCGGAAAGGCUGAGAUCGUUCAUGAUUUUGGCGAGCGAACAGGAUUCUCGGUCUACUCCGCCACAACAAAACCUGCGACGAAUGAGGUCGUGAUUGUGAGGGCUUUCCGCCAGGAUCACGAGACUGGAGCUUUGGAACUCUUCGAUGUCAGCGAGCGCAAGGUCAUCAUCGAGCAUGCCCUCCCUCUGGAUUUCGACAAAUAUUCCCACUUCACAUUUGCAUCGCUAGAACUGUACUCCAAGGGCCAAGGCGUUCAGACCCGCGUCUACUUCUCUACCAUAGAUGGAUCUUUCCACGUUUAUUCGGAUGUUGAGUCUGAGCAGUGGUACCGUGAGGAAUCAUUGGCAUACGUCAAAGACGUCGAAUUUGUCGACUUGCCUGAACGCAAACUUUGGACCCAGGAUGUUGAUGAAUCGGGACACGUCAGGGCAGCCAGGAAUCUGACGAUUAUCGAGCGCUACAUUGAACGCCUGUCAUCACACAUCUUGCAGCUGAAGAGUCUGCCUGCCUUCAUCGUCUCGUAUGCAAACCCCUCGUCUUUAUUCAAUAAGGCUCCCGUCGCUACCGAGUACUCGGAAGUUCAGAUCGGUGUUCCCAACAAUACCACUCAACCUCUGUACCGUGAUCAGUUCGGUCUCCGCAAGAUCUUGGUUCUCAGCACGUAUAAGGGUAAAGUUGUCGCGGUCGAUUCUGGAGACAAAGGUCAGAUUAUCUGGAGCCGAUACUUCCCUUGGGGUCACGACAUCAAGAACACUGUGGUGGUCCGCCACGCAAACGUACGACUUCCUCCUAUUCUUGCCAUCAUUGCCGAGACUGUCGACGGCGGUGGAAACAAGGUUCUUCGACUAUAUCGUCUUAAUGCCCUGACUGGCGAGGAUUAUGAAUCCGGCAGCUUUUACUUCCCAGCCUCAGCUUGGAUCCCGGCCGGAUACCUCAGUGCUUUCAAGUUGCCGCUGGAAGACCCAGAGGAGAAGACGCAGGUCCUGUGCAUUGUUGAUGAUCGCAUGCAUAUCACCACCUUCCCUAGCACGGAGGUCGUUCAGGAGGCCUUCAAGGCACUUUCAGACGAUUUUUAUUUCAUGUUGAAGAAUAGUGUCGGCGCCAAGGAACUCAAGGGAUUUAAGGCCAUUGUUUCUUCAGACACAGACCGCAUGGAUGUGGAACCCACCUGGACGAUCCCCUUCCCUGAAGGCGAAGUGAUUGCUACGUUUGCAGAGAGACCAUCGUACGAGGUCAUGGCAUCAUUGGGUCGUGUGCUUGGUGACCGCGGAGUGCUCUACAAGUACCAGAAUCCCAACUAUGCAACCGUCAUUACAGUCAACGAAAAGCCUAAGCACGGACUUGCCCCUUACCUAACCGUAUACCUGAUUGACAUCGCCAAGGGCACCAUUCUGUACCAGGCGACGCACGAGAACGUGGGCCUGCACCAGCCUAUCCUUGCAACGCAGUACGAGAACAAUGUAGUGUUCACCUUCUGGUUCGAGGGCGAAACUUCGAUCUCUCCCAAAGGAUAUCAGGUUGUAGCUCUCGAAUUGUAUGAGAGCAAGAACCGCAACCAGCGCACCAAGAGCGAAACGUUCUCGUCUUUCGCGAGCGAGCGUCCUGACGUCUUGGCACAGUCUUUCCCCUUCCCACACUCUCCCACCGCCAUUGGGGUCACAUCGACCAAGGCUGGCAUUUCCGCCAAGGACAUCCUCUUUGGUUUGUCUCGUCAGUCGGUCAUGGCUCUCAACAAGCGUUUCCUCGACCCUCGUCGUCCCACAGGCGCGCCGAGCGCUAUGGACAAGGAAGAGAUGUUGAUGCCGUACUCGGCCAUUACGGAUGAUCCACGACUGUUCCUGUCGUAUAAUCUUGAGGUCGUCGGCGUUAGAAGUAUUGCGACUGCGCCCACAUUGUUGGAAUCGACUACGGUGGUGGUCGCAUACGGUCAGGAUGUGUUUGUUACUCGCCAUGCGCCAUCAAAGACAUUUGAUAUCUUGAAUGAGGAUUUCUCAAAGUCGCAGCUGAUGUUAACGAUUGCUUUGUUGGUCGUGACGCUGUUCUUCACCGCUCCCAUGAUGCGUAAGAAGAUGCUCAAGGAGCAAUGGUAUUAGGGAAUGUUUCUGAAUGCAAAAGAUAUGAGCUGAAAAAAUAUAGAUUCUUUCAAAGUAAAGCUGCGAUUUAAACAAGAAUAUUC